CCUACGAAUUCGCUUUUCACCUCAUUCUCGUAUCUCAAGGCCGUCUCGAGCCAACUUUCUACUCAAACAUACAGCCCUCAAUCUAAAUACAGUUGAUCGGUAUUCUAUGGCCCAAAAUGUCGUGUGGAGUAAAAAUUUCGAAUAUUAAUAUGGUGAUAAAGCUAGCCCGGUCAACACUCAAAGCGGCAAAAAAGGCAUAUGGAGAGGAUGAUGAGUUCACGGAGGAAAUUUUGAGCUUGCAUCUAACGUUGGAGCUCCUGCGGUCAGAAGUUACCGAUCCAGAGUCUAUGAUCAACAAACACAAAGGGGGACGUCGAAAGGACUUUGAAACCUACAUUGCCAGUUGCCGAGCUCAUCUCAGGCGCAUCAAAUCAGUGCUUAGAGGAUACAACAGGCUGAAAAUUGGAAGUGGAAGUGUUUCGCAGCGUAUCCAGUUUGGGACAGCCGGGGUCAAGGAAAUCUCGGAUAGUCAAUUGAAGCUGUCAACUUACACCACAGUGAUCACGUUGACACUCAAUCUGCUCUCGUUAGGUUCACAAGGGAGGGUUGAGAAAGAGUUGAGUCGUCUGCGUGGAGAAGCAAAAAGGUUGAGACCAUCGAUAAAUUUGCUGUUAGCCAAGCAGAAUGCACUCUCUCGAGAAGAGACGAAAGACGAAUCGUUUCGAGCGAUUUCUCAGGACGACUGGAAAUUAUCGCACAGCUUUAUCAAACACCUAGAAGCUGACGGAUUCAAGCGCAGUUUAGUUCGUGCCCAUAAGAACCUCAUCAUAGCUUAUAUCAAAGAGCUUAGUGAGAGGGGAUUGCUAGACGAAAAGACCCUUCGGGUUCAAAAUGUAAUCAAGGAGUCUCUGAUGCCGAAGGAGUGUCUGAUGGAUGGUUUGGAUUCGGAAGCAUGCAAAUGUCACGAGUGCAUACCUCCAUCACACAGGUCGCCCGCCUCACCUUUAACUUCUGAUCGCAGGCAAGACGGCUAUUUGAACAGGGAUCACCAAACCCCUCGUUCGAAGAAGAGAACCUCUUCUAAGAUCUACCAAGGGGAGAAAAGAGACAUCUUGGACAUAAGCCACUCGCCUGCCGCCCCCAAACAGAAAUCCUUCUUGUCAAUUCUACUCUUCUCACCCAAGAGAAAGUCCAAGAGACCUGCCCCAUCAUACGUCCACCCACCACAAGAAGCACUCCAACCUCGGAAACGACAGAAGCGAACACCACCACCACCACGCCCAGUCUCUCCAACUCCUCCGCCUCCAGACUGGUGGCUGGAAGAACGACUGCGACGAAGACCUGUUGGAUAUGAGAGGGGUCGCUCGCCAACACCACGCUAUAAUGAAGAGCCAGUAUAUAGUAGAACAAUGGCUGUGUAUCCCGACGUGAGUUACGGGAGGUGGGGAGGCUAUUGA